GACGAUCGGUUCAUCGUGAAGGAGGUGUCCAGGGCGGAGCGCAACGCGUUUCUCGACCACGGCGUCGGAUUCGCGUACUUUGCGUACGUGGAGUCGCGUCUCGAGGACGAGGACGGCGUCUCGGGGACGUGCCUCGCGAAGAUUCUCGGGAUGUACCAGGUCGCGACGCGGAGCCCGAUGGAGUCCACUGAGACGAAGCUCGAUUUUCUCGUCAUGGAGAACGUCUUCUACGGCCGCGACGUCGCCGCGGGGGCGACGCGCGCGGACGAGGUCCCUCCGCCGUGGCGAACCGCGAGCGCGACGACGCCUGCCGUGCUUCUCGACGAGAACCUCAUGGAGGUUCUCGCGACGGACCCGAUACUCGUCACCGAGCGUUCGAAGCGCGCGUUGGACGCGGCUUUGAGACGCGACGCCGCGUUUUUAUCCUCUCUGGGCGUGAUGGAUUACUCCCUCCUCGCGGGCGUCGAUCGACGCGCGGACGAGCUCGUCGUCGGCGUCGUCGAUUACCUGCGGCAGUACACGUGGGAUAAGCAGCUCGAGACGUACGUCAAACAGAGCGGGCUCGUCGGCGGCGGCGGCCCGGGGAAGACGCCGACGGUGAUAUCUCCGGGGCAGUACGAGAAGCGAUUCGCGACGGCGAUGCGGCGGUACUUCGUGUGCGUCCCGGACGACGACGACGAUCGCGAAGGGAACUGA